AUGAAUCCCGCUUACGGUAAAGUUUUCCUGGUCGUGUGCAGCACCCUGCUGGUUAGUGUGGCCGGUGUACCGAACGCUUGCGGCAAACUAGAUCUGAAGACGGAUCCAUUCACCUGCUGCACCAUCCCGAAGCUGCUGGACGUGUCGAUCGUGAGCAGCUGCUUUGAGAAGUUCCCCAUCGAUAAGGAUGCUGCGGAUAAGGGAACUGGUGGCAUGCCCAACACGGAAUGCAUGUCCGAGUGCAUCCUGAACACUACCGGCAUCUACAAUCGUGGCGAGCUGGACGAGAAGAAGCUGAACAGCGUGUUCAUUGACAGCCUGCCACAAACCAGCCCGUGGUUGAGCGUGGUCCGCAAGGCAAUCAAGGAUUGUUCGGCGAAGGCUACUAAGAAGGACAAGGAGUUCGGAAAGGCCGUUGCACAACAGAAGAAAACCGGCGGCAAGGGAGCUACGGUGUGCAAUCCGGAGGCUAGCUUCCUGGUCGAUUGUAUCCACACCACGGUGUUCAGUGAAUGUCCAGUUAACCUACGCUCGACCACGACGGAGUGUGACGCCAUCUGGAAGUUCCUGAAGAACUGCCCAUUCAGCGCUCUGCGCCAGUAG